AUGGAUACUGAUGAAAUCCUAUCAACUAAGCCAAAUGAAGAAAGAUGUUCGGAAGAUCAUGUUUUGACUGGCACAAAGGUUAACUUGGAAGAAGCAUUCCCUGCAGUUCACAAGAUGAUGAAUGAUCUCUUAGUACCACUCCAGAGAAGGACUGUAACACUCACAAACGUUGAUGCUACGGUCACUUAUGACAUCACAACUACUCCACCAGUGACGAAGAAGGCCAAGGCUGUCACAAAUGACUAUGGAGAUCAGCUUACCGGCUCUGUUCAGGACAAGUGCAGAGGGUCUGAUAAAAAGGGGAAAGGAAAGCUCUUUGCUGGUGAAGACACAAGGGCCUCACAGACUGUUACUGAAGCUUCCUUGAAUUCCCUACUGUUGUCCCAUGAACUGCAUGGUUCUUCUGAGAACGAGACCCCUCAAGAUGAAGCUCGAAACAUCCCUCCAUCCAUGCAACCAAGUCUCCAAGAGGACCUCGUCAAAUAUGAUUCAUCUCACGUCUCAACAACAAUGAAUGAUUGGGGACCAAGGCCAAGCGAUGUUCUGACCGAUGGGUCUAACCGAUGGGUCUAA